AUUCAAAAGUGAAGCGCUCCCACUGAAGUCUUGAGUUUCUACAACCGCAGCUGAGGUGCAGACAUCACACCUGACUGGUCGUUGUGCAGAAAUGAGGUGGUUUGCUGCGCUGUGUCUCCUGCUCCUGCAGACUGGAGCUCAUGGAUUUGACAUCGAUGAAGAAGACGCCUCUCUGAGUCAUCAGGAGAUCACUGAAGCUGCACUCUUAAAGGUCACAUUGGAGGUUUGUCGUGCCGUGGCCAAGGCCGCAGGCAAAUUCAUCAAAGAGCCUUCAGGGUCUCUGACUGCUACAUCUGUUGCUGUCGCAUGUGAAGCAGAAAAAUCUUCCAAAUCCUUCAGCAGUGUUAUCGAAGUGAUCCAAGAAGAGAACGUGGGAGUCGACCACUUUUAUUUCUGGAGUGCCCGUCACCACUUUGACGCUGAACAAUUUACAAAGGGAAAGAAACUGGUCACGGAUGGCAUCGCCGCUGUGAAGGCCAACAACAAACGCCAAAAAUAUGAAGCGGCAAGAGAGAGACUGGGACAGUUAUUCCACACUUUACAGGAUUUCUACAGUCACAGUAACUGGGUGGAAAUGGGAAACAAGAAUCCAAAUACCAAUCUGAUCAAAGUUAACAAGGACAUUGGAAAAACAGCAGAUAAAGACAGAGCGACCUGUCGGAGCUGUGUUGGAGACGACUGCAAGAACAACAUUUUGGAGGAUAUCUUAAAGGAAAAAAUUCUGACCACAGGAUAUUUUGAUGCUGUUCCUCCAUCCAGCAAACCUGCAGGUAAAUGCAGCCAUGGAGGUAAAUUUGAUAGAACAAGAAAAAUGGACCCUAAAGGUGGGAUCAACAAAGACACGCUUGAUUCUGAACAUGGACAUCUUCACAAUCAAACAGCAAAUGUGGCCAUAGCUGCAACCAGUGAAGUACUGCAGGACGUUCGAGCAGCUGCUGGUGACAAAGAAUUCCUACAGAUGAUGGGAAUCAAAAAAGGAAAACCUCUUUGCUUUGUGAUUGACACCACAGGAAGCAUGAGAAAUGACAUUUCAACAGUGAGAAGUAUCACCGCUGCUAUAAUUGACAGUAAAGCGGGAACAGAUGACAAGCCUUCAGAUUAUGUUCUUGUACCAUUCAAUGAUCCAGACUUUGGUCCACUGACAAGGACCACAAAUGCAGAUGACUUUAAGCAUGCUAUCAAUUCAUUGACUGCAAGAGGUGGAGGAGAUUUCCCAGAGAUGUGUCUUUCAGGACUUCGGUUGGCUUUAACUGGUUCUCCUCCAGGUUCUGAGAUUUACGUUUUCACAGAUGCAUCUGCUAAAGAUGGGUACCUGUUAAGCGCAGUGCUCGCACUCAUAGAGCGAACCAAAUCAGUGGUGAGUUUCCUGAUUACUGGCUCCCUGGGGUUACGUCGUCGAAGAGAGACUGAUGACGACGAUCAACAACAGCAAGAGCAGUUUCAACGGAUUCUUCCAAAAUCAGCCUCCGUGUACACACAGCUGUCGGAGGCUUCAGGAGGUCAGGUUAUUCAGGUCACCAAAAGUGAGCUGGCUGAGGUCACCAGCAUUAUAACAGAUACCUCCAGUUCCUCUGUGGUCAAGCUUCUUCAAGUUUCCCGGAAUGCUGGAAACCCCGAUAAUUUCACAUUUUCGGUGGACGAUUCAGUGAAGAACCUGACGAUGUACAUCACAGGGCGCUCUCUCGCCUUUACUAUCACCAGUCCUUCAGGUGUAACUCAGAGCAGCGCUGACACGACCGGACCACUGGUCGUUUCAUCCAGCACAGUCGGAAACUUCCAGACUGUGAAGCUAAACACACAAGUGGGUGUGUGGAAAGUUGAAAUGGUGUCAACAAGUGCCUACAAUCUGAAGGUCGUGGGUGAAAGUUCCCUUGACUUCCUGUUUACCUUUAUGAAGGAUUCAGAGAGCCCAUAUGGAGGUUUACAGGUCUUAUCCAAUCGCCCCACAUCUGGUGAAAACACUACCUUAAGGGUGACAGUAACCGGGAGUGACUCCGCCACGGUGACAGAAGUAACUCUGGUUGAAUUAUUCACAUCAGUGAUGGUUAACGGCAGCGUGGAGGAUCGAGGUAAAGGGGUCUUCUACGUUCGCUUUGACACGAUACCAUCGGGGGAGUUUGUGGUGUUGGUGAAGGGCCAGACCAGCUCCACCAGAAGUGCUGCCAAAUCCUUCCAAAGGCAGUCAUCCUCCACUAUCAAGGCUUCUGCUGUGUCGGUUAGCACUACUCUUCCAAACAGGGUUGCAGAACCAGGAGUAUCAUUUUCUGUUCCUUUCUCUGUGUCGACCACUGGGACGGGAGGAACCUUCACCAUCACAGAUACUAAUGACCAAGGUUACAGCUCAUCUUUCCCGCCCAAUUUAUCCCUGCCGACUGGAGGGAGUGCUAACAGCACAGGAACAAUCACACCGCCUGACACACCGUCUGGUACUGACGUCACCCUGACCAUUGAGGCUACUUCUCCAGGCGGGGACACCAACUAUGUCGUGCUGCGUUUAACCGUCCUUGUCCCGGUGACUGAUGUCACUGCACCAGUGUGUCAGCUGUCCAAUGUGACUGACAGCUGCUCAGACAUCUGCACUGAAUCUACGUGGGGGGUCUCUAUGCAGGUGCGCGAUGAGGUCAAUGGGACAGGCAUUCAUAGUAUCACCUUCAGACAAGGUGACGGGAACUUGAACACCACCCUGCUCUCAGGCACCGACAGCAUAAUGCUGCUGACCUACAAUGCGUCCUGUUGCUCACCUGAUGUGGAAAUAAUAGCUGUGGAUAAUGUGGGUAAUGUAAAGUCUUGUUUCUUCUCUGUCCGGAGAGCGACCACCGCGAUGAGCACUACACUCAUCACAACCACCACAGCCGCUAACACCACCACCACCAACUCUAACACCACCACCACCACCAUUGUUACUACUCCGUCCAAGACAACAUCAGCUGCUGUGCCAUUGUCUACCAGUGCAGCUCAUCUCUUUGUACUUUUCCUUAGUGUCAUAAUUCUAAGCCUCUGUUAA